UUUUUCCACAAGCAUGUCUUCUCGAAUAUGUUCGACAUGCUAUUAUUUUGAAUUAUAUCAAACAAGCACAUCAAUAUCGUGUUGAAGGUUUAGAAGAUGAAGCUGAUGAAAACUAUCUUGAAGCUAGUGAUCAAUGUCGUAUGUUAGCAAGUGAUUUAGAAGAACAAUCAAGUAUAAUAAAUGGAAGAGAAGCAACAGAUGUAAUUGUAAACGAUUCUGAAGAUGUUAGUGAAUCAUAUCUACAAUCUUUUACUAAUCUUAAUGAACAAUAA